AAUUACGAUUAGGAGAUUGAAGGGACACAACAAUUUUCGAACGUGUUGUCGGUUAUUUAGUUUUUACUUAUAUUAUUACGACGUUUUUCUUCUUUUUUAUGUAAACACUUUGUUUUAAGAUGGGCAAAGCAGAUUUUCUCAGCCCUAAAGCCAUCGGCAACCGGAUUAAAGCCAAAGGUUUGCAAAAAUUGAGAUGGUAUUGCCAGAUGUGUCAGAAACAAUGUCGAGACGAGAAUGGUUUCAAGUGUCACUGCAUGUCGGAGUCUCACCAGAGACAACUUCUUCUGGCUUCAGAGGAUCCAAACCAGUUUAUGGACUAUUUCUCUGAGGAGUUCAAGAGUGACUUUCUGGAGCUGAUCCGAAGACGCUUUGGUACCAAGCGUGUGCACAACAACAUUGUCUAUAAUGAGUACAUCAGUGACAGGGAACACGUCCAUAUGAACUCCACCCAAUGGGAGACACUCACAGACUUCACCAAGUGGCUUGGGAAAGAAGGGUACUGUAAGGUAGACGAGACCCCGAAAGGCUGGUACGUCCAGUACAUCGACCGUGACCCCGAGACCAUCCGUCGCCAGGAGGAGCUGGAGAGGAAGAAGAAGCAGGACCUGGAUGACGAGGAGCGCAGCGCCAAGUUCAUCGAAGACCAGGUCCGCAGAGGCCGAGAGGGCAAGGAGCCUGAGGAAGAACCUGUAUUCACUGAGCUGAAGAGAGAGGGUGAAGAAGAGAAAGUUGCCUUCAACCUGGCAAAGGGUGCAUGUGCUUCAGUGGCUGGGCCUUCCAAAGCAAGCACUGCCCUGGGUCCUAGUGCCCUAAAGGCAGCAGCAGCCUCUGGGAAGAGGAAAGAUGUGCCCUCCAGCUCAGAGUCCAGAGACAAGAAGAAGAAAUCAGCUCUGGAUGAGAUUAUGGAGAUGGAGGAGCAAAAGAAGAAAUCUGUCAGAAUGGACUACUGGCUGCACAAAGAGAUUGUGGUCAAGAUCGUCACCAAGAGACUAGGGGAGAAGUACCACAAGAAGAAAGGAGUCAUUAUGGAGCUGAAAGAUAAAUAUACAGCCAUAGUGAAGAUGAUCAACUCUGGGGACAAACUUAAACUGGACCAGAGUCACCUGGAGACCGUCAUCCCUGCGCCAGGUAAACGGGUUCUGAUUCUGAACGGGCCGUACAGAGCCACAGAGGCUCUGUUGGACUCCAUUGAUGAGAAGAAGUUCAGCGCCAGCCUCAUACUGGACUCGGGUCGCAUGAAAGGAAAGAAGGUGGAUGGAAUCGCCUACGAGGAUUUCUCCAAAAUAGCCUGACCCGUAACCCUGUAAACCCCUCUCACCUCCAUGCAACCCCUCCCACCUCCUUGCAGCCCCUCCCACCUCCUUGCAGCCCCUCCCACCUCUGUGCAGCCCCUCCCACUUCCUUGCAGCCUAUAGGCUGAGAGGCUCUACCAUGUCAGAGUCCCUCCCCCGGGGCUCCCCACAGUCUGUACAUAUUCCAGAAGGCUCCCGAAGCUGACAACGUUUUUUACCUAAGUCAGGCAGAUCAAUGAUAUUCAGUCUGGUUUUUAUUUUAUUUUAUUUUCAGGUGUUAUAUAAUUAUGAUGUAUAAAUUUUCUUGAAUAAACACAAGUAACCUCUCA